CUACCAAAGUUAGAUGCUGCUUACUUUGAGAGAGCCAGAGCCAACAGGAGACCCGCUUGCGCGUCCAUCCCCAUCCUUCACCUCUUUUUUAGUACUGUGACCCCCUAUUAUCCAUCCUUUAUUCCUACCUUAUUCCUCGUUAUUCUUCUGUCAUAUUUCCCAUUCCCCCCUCUUGGUCCUUGUCCAACCGAACCAUUUCUUCCCCCCUCGCCUCGCAGGUACAAAAAAAUAUCUCUUGGCUUCUUUUUCGUCCCUGCUUGAACCGAACUUGAACUUGUCUAAUCUUCUUCUUCGCCUCCCCUCCCCCCGUCCUUUCCCGCCGGUCGAGGGUUUGUGAUGCUUUGAUAUUUCUCUCCUUCAACAUCCAUCAAUCGACCCUCAACUCGUUCGUUCGUUCAAUCAGAAAAACAAAAAAGUUCCAAAAGACCUCAAACACAAAAUGGCCGUCGCUCUUCCCAGGCGAUUCUAUUCGCUGCUCUGGGUCGCAGUCCUACUUGCGCUCGUCGUCUUCUUCGUCUUCCUUCGCGAAGAUACCUGGUCAUCCAUUCCUCGACCUCCCAGCGGUUGGAAGAUCCCAUUCACCACCGAUGAUGGCGUUCUCUCCUCUUGGAUGGGCAACAACAAGAAGGCUCCCGCCAAGGACCCCAAUGAGCCUCUGCGCAUCGUGCUCACCGAGUCCUCCGGUACCCACGACGAAGUCGCCGCUGCCCUGAUGCACGCUUUCGGUGGCCAGGAAAACUCCCAGCUCGAUGUCUUCUUCGCCAACCAGCGAUUCCGAAUGCAGGAUAUCAUGGGCAACUUCAGCCUCCCCGCCAACAUCACCGUCAACAAGUGGGACAAGUUUGCCAGCUUCGUCGAGGAGAACCCACCUCACAUCCUCGUCUCCACCACCUGCAAGGUUGAUCUCGACCGUGGCGCCGAGCCUAUCGUCACUAUAAGGAAGAGCGCUAGCACUCACCUCUUCUGCACCAUUCACCACGCCGAUCGAUGGGCCCAGGGCAAGUACGUCCAGGCUGUCCGAAGUUUGUUUGAGCACCAGCGCGUCGACUUUGUCGGUCUGAGCCAGCACACCGUUGACUUCUUCCUUAACGACACCACUCCCAAGUGGCACUCGGCUGCCAACGUCACCACCCGAGUUAUUCCCCCGGUCUUCCCCGUCCAGAUCCCCGACCCUGAUCUCCAGCCUGGCAUCUCUCUGUCUCUCCAGGGUGAUUACUCUUCCGGCCGACGUGACUACAACGGUAUCUUCAACCACCUCGGCAGUGUUGUUCGAAAGGCUGGCGACGAGGCCGAGGGCCACAGCCCCAAGAACGUCAGCCUUCAUGUUAUUGGACACGGUACUCCUCCCGAGGUUCCUGACCACGUCAAGGACCACGUCUUCUUCGACCAAGGUCUCUCUUACCCCGAUUUCUACACUCUACUGUCCAAGUCAUUCGCCCUCCUACCUGCUUUCGCCUCUGACACAUACUUCGACCGCAAGGCUUCCUCAACUAUCCCCGCAUCUCUGAUCGCCGGUGCUCCCAUCGUUGCGACAGAGGAGCUUCUCAAGGCUUACUCCUACAUGCCUCGCGAGGCUACCUGGGUCGCCCGACCCGGUGAGGGCGAGAUGGACGUUAUCGAGCGAGUAAUCGAUGACCGAGAAGGCUUCACUAAGCGAAGACAAGCUGUGAGGGAUCUGACAAAGAAGCUCCUCGAUGAUAACCACGCCAACACCAAGGCCUGGAUCGAGGAGGCCUUCGAGAGAUACAAGAACAACUAAACAUGGGGAAACGCGCAAUUAGAUAAAUGAUUUGUUGGGAUUUUUGCUAUUUUGCUUUUUACUGUACCAUUACGCGGCACCAUUUCACAUGAUCGGGAAUCAAAGGAUGAGCGGCUCUAUGAUUCGAGAGUUUUUAUUUUACUACCACACAUGCAUGAACAAACAUUCUUAAUAUACGGCUUCUCAGUACAUUAAAAGACGUCAGGAAAGCAAAACUAGAAAAAAAUACAAUCAUGAAAUACCACUUAUACC